CAUACCCGGAGGAAAGUGAGUGAGUGAGCGAGCUCUCCUAGCUUAGCUUAGGCUCGGACUGCUCCCAGAAAUUCGAUCGAUCUAGAGACUUGCAGACUCCAUGGCGUCCAUCGUCGUCAUCUCGCUGGUGCUCAUCCUCGACCUCCUCGCCUUCGUCCUUGCCAUCGGCGCCGAGCGACGCCGGAGCAUGGCGUACGUGAACGUGGACGACGCCGGGAGGGCCUACUGCGUGUACAGCACGGACGCGUCAACGUGGUACGGCGUCGGCGCGCUCUCGCUGCUCCUCGCCGGCCAGGCCCUCGCCAUGGGCGCCAGCAGGUGCUUCUGCUGCGGCCGCGCGCUCUCGCCCGGGCGGUGGCGCGCCUUCUCCGGCGUAUGCUUCGUCAUCUGCUGGUAA